AUGGGGUCAAGAGGAGGAGUAGCGCUGGUUGGAACCAUGAUGGAAGCCACGGUUGCGGCGUGUGGAGCUGUAACUUUGACGGUGGAUUGCGGCGGUUGGUUUGACACAGCCUUAUGCGCUUGCUUCAAACCAUGGUUGUUUAGAAGGCUUCGUUUAAGGGAUGAAUAUGAGGAAAUAGAUUCCUUUGAGUCAAGAACACGCUUCGAGUAUAACUCGUGCUCUCAAUAA